AUGGUCGCCGGUGGGGAAGAGCCAGGCUCACCGGCCCAGACCGACUUCACCGACGCACAACUCAAGCCGGCUCCUCUCCGCCUGACAAGGAAGAGUAACUCGAGCGGCGGCCAGAGUGAUAAUAGCCUAUCCCGAGGCAACUCAUCGGCCAUCUCGGGCAGAACCCCCAGCAGUACCAAUCGAAACAACGGGGAAAGCCUCAACACCAUCAUGCACAGAGCUGCAACCCCAUCCACAUACCGAACGGCUCCUAACCAAACAUCCCCCAAGCUCGCCUCUCUGGUGUCCAAGUUUGAGAUACUGGAUGUUAUGGGUACUUCUGACGCCAGAGCCUUGCAGCUUCCAUCUCCAGACAAAGGCCAAAGGCCACCCGCAGUCCCAACGCCAACACCAGAUGACGCAGUGUUACAACAUGCUACACGGCGUCAAGGCCAUAAUCUGAUCGAAAAACAGUCAAGCCAGAAACACGUCAAUAUCUCCCUACCCAGGUCGUCUCAGGCCCAUCGAGGAGCUCGUUCCAAGGAAGUGGCUUCUGAUGCCAAAGUCGCCAUUACCAAUGGUCCUAAACAUUGGGAUCCGAGUAAUGUUGCAGCGAGGCGAAAGCUCUUUGAGUCAGGAAGCACUGUGCCUCGGCCUUUUGAUAGCCCAAUUGCCACCCCGGUCGUCACCCGUACAGUUGCACGUGUCCCUUCUCAGGGUGAACAGAGGCGGGAAUCCGAGAUCGUCAAUCUUGAUCAGCCCUGCACGGUGUCGGCGCGGCGACCCGUUGCUGCCAAAAUCUCGGCUCCUGUUCUAUCCUCCCAACAGUCGGCAACAGACGGCGUGAAACCCGAGAGAGAAAGAAGAAAGAGUGUCGCUGCCCUUCGCAUGUCUUUUGAGUGCUCAUCUCUUCUCGAUCUUCGACCAGAAACGCCCAGCUCUACCCAGUGGCGGUUCCGCCGUGCUCUUACCCAAGGCCUAUCAACAGCCACAGAAGUCCCAACACCGAUAACACCCAGGCGAGAGUCAAAGGAUCCCAUUACACCGACUAGGGUCAGAAACCUUCGUUCUUCAGAGGUCUUUGCUCAGACGUAUCCUCGCCCAGGACAGACGGCAAACCAACCAAUCCAUAGAGUCGACAACAAUGCCUCAUCGAGCCUAAAGCAGACACAGCUUCACAGCACAGCCUCUCGCCUUGUCGGGUCGCAUGAUGGCAACGUUUCUGAUGCUGUGGUGGACUCGCGGAGGCCCGUCAACCGAAAGAACAGCGACACCCCAACCAGGACAUCAGCGUAUACGUCCACACGCCGUCCCAGCUCCCAGCAUCACUUGCUCCUUUCACGCACCCUCUCCGUUAAGGUUACUACCGGUCCCCAAACCACAGUAACCCUUCAACAACCGUGGGCGAGUCACUCGGCCUCAGGGCCCCUGCCCCUCACCACCUCCCACAGCGACGGCCAUUUCGACCAGAGCAAGCCCAAGUCAGGCAGUUCCAGUGAAACUUCGACAUCAGCACCACUCGCCCCUGCGAACAGAGUCAAGGAUCUGCAAAAGGUGUUUGACAACAACCCCGCGGGCCCAGGCUCAGCACCAUUCCUGCCCUUCAUCCAAAAGCGCAGGGCGCAGACAUUGACCCUCGGGGUUCCCAUGAAGGCCAACCCUAGUGCACCUAUUAUGGUAUCGACCACCGUGGCUGUGACAACUCGAAAGGCAUCCCGUCGCUCGUAUCAGCAACAACAACAGCAGCAGCAGCAACAGAGCUCAGACGUGAUUCCCGAAACUGCCAGCUCAACUGCUUCGAGCGUGGUACGCACACGCAAGCGAAGCAAGACUCUACCGUCGUCACUCGGUGGGUACCGGCGUAAGACCUCGGGCCCAGCUGCUGGUACUGGCCUCAACAGCUACUUCCAGCGUAGGAAGAUCAAGAAGCAGCAGAAGCAGGACAUGAAGAGAAACGCGAUUGAAGAAGAUUCACCCGUCAAGGAGCGUAUUAGUCUCUUCGAGCAGCUCGGCGGCCGCAGCGGCGGCCCCACCCACGGUCACUCGAAAAACGGUCGGAGCGGAUGUGGUAGCAUAGUAAGCCUGCCACUAUCAAUGCACAGCAAGCGGAAGUCAUCGGAGACCGAUAGUUCUUCUCAAUCCCUCAAUGAUGGUUCAUCUCAAGAUACACAUUUGGCUGCCUUUAGCCGGAAGGGCCGUGGGAGUUCAUCUUCUGGGAGCAGGGUGAUGAAAGUGCUGUCGUUUGGCACGAGCGGGAAUCGGGACAACGGCAACCGCGGCAGCAGAAAUGGUAAGGCACUUCGGGCUGCGGGGCGGAAGAUCAGUAAUGCCGUGUCGAUGUCGAUGUCGAUGUCCAAAAGGAAGGAUAGCGGGGGCGCAGGCGCGAGCGGUGGCGAGGGGAAAGGGAAGGGCAAAUAUAAAAGCAGUGACGGAUCCAAGACGCAGCCACUCGUCAUGAGUUCGACAAACAAGGAGACGGGCGAGUCGACGUUUUUCGUAAAAGGCGUGUUGUGGAAGGUAUCGGGCUCGUACGGGGAUCUUGACCUGAAUGGUGCAGUGGCAGACGGCCAAAGCAGUCCGGAAGGACAGAAGCGCAAGCGUGGUGAGUCAACCACAGAAACUACUACCACAUCCUUCCCGAGCACGAGGGCGUCUGCCUCUGGGUCUGGAUCUGGAUCGUCUCGGUCGGCGGGGGCUAUUGUUCGGCACCCUGUCUUGCAGCAAUGGCCGCACCUGGACAAGGUCAAUCGAACGAUACCACACCACCAUGACCCUAAACGCCACGGAUCACUGCCGCUUGGGGAAGACAGUGUAGCCCCGGAAUGGUUUCGAGACCAAGAAGAUGAUGAUCCCUUUCUUCAGCCGACCCAACCACCUGAAGUUGUCAGAGGCAGCAGCAGCAAGAUCACGAAGAGCGCAACGGCACCAACUGACGUCGGCAGCAUCAUGAGCCGCAAGCAAGGCUUUAUCCCCACCAGGAGAUCUCAUGGAGAUGUUGUCGAAGCUGCACGUGUUCCCUCAACUUCCCUGAGGAAGAGCUUCACCAUGGCUGUGCUGCCUCGUCUCUCGAGCGGAAACAGCAGCAAUGAUGACUGUAGCCCAGAUGGUGACCGAAAACCAAACGGUAACAAGUUGACCAAGCAGAAAGGAAAGGAAGCAAGAACAACAUCGUUCCCACCCUCCUUCAUCGAUCAAGUGCAGUCGCGUCGGCAAUGGAGCAUUUCUUGGGGGCAGAGAGCAGCCGCCGCUGCGUUUGGGAUCGGCCAGAGAUUGAAGGAACGCAAGGGAAGCGGUCGGUCGUCGUCAUUGUUGGGCAAGGGUGGUGUCGAGACUGGUUCUGGUGCUGGUACCGCUUCCGCCGGGAACAGUAAUACCCACAGUGACGUCGCUGUCCCUACUGUCACCACUGCUGCGGCUACUCUUCCCAUUCCCAAUAGAACUAUAACCACCGAGUCGCUGCGUCACGACGAGUAG